AUGGUAUCGUUGUCUUGUCCGGUCAUACCGGGAGAAAGAAUGCCAUCUUUAUCUUAUCCGGUCAUACCGGGAGAAAGAAUGCCAUCUUUAUCUUAUCCGGUCAUACCGGGAGAAAGAAUGCCAUCUUUAUCUUAUCCGACUCAUAAAGUGAACAGUAAUUUUGACUAUCCUUCUGAACUAGUUGUUCCAUUGCAAAAUCGAUCUGAUACGGUAGAAUUUCAACGUAGCUAUUCGAAUGAUACGAGCAAGCAACCAAAAUCAAUCCUGAAACAACGUUCAGUAUCACUGUUAUCACCAUCAUCCUCUAAUAUCAAUGAUAAUUCCUACGAACGUUACGUUGAAAGAGUUCAUAUCAACGAUAGUAAUGAUAAGGAAGAAAAACAACAGCAUCAUGAUCAAAGCUAUGAUAGAUGCGGUCGAAUGAGUCAAUCCUCUCAAUCUUCGAAUCCAAGUCCAGAUUCGUUCAGAAAGGAAAAUAGGCUAUAUCAUGUUAUGCAAGAGAAUCUGCGACAACAGAAUUUAGUACGACCUCAAACACCUCGUCAUCUUCCACAAGCCUCUUUUAAUGGACCUUUUUUUACUCUUGAAGAAGUUCACACCAAACAACAGAGAGGAUCAUUGGAAAUGCAUCAGAUUCCUAUUGAAGAAUGUCACAUUGAAAGUGAUUAUCAUUUAAUCAGAAAACAGCAACACAAUUCUUCUGAUAAUUCAAGCCAUAAGUUAAGAUGCGGCAAUCGAUCAAAAUCGGUUUCAGUAAUGGAAUUAAAUACAACGGAACAUGAAAAAAAUAAUGAAAUUGGAGAAAGUGUUAUUCCAUGGUCAUCAUCGUUAACAAAACAUGAACAUGAACGUGCUCGAUCAGUUCCACCUUCAUUAAGAACUCGAAAUAUUACGGAUCCGGAACGAAUUGAUGAAUACAAUCGACAGAAGAAACUUGAAUUGGAAGCAAUGAGACGUCGGGAAAAAGAAGCCAUUUUUUGGGGAGAAAAACAGAAUCGUGCUUUGGAAAUCCAAGAACGCUUGUAUUAUCAACAAAUGCAUGCAAAACAAAAUAGAACUAGUCCGGAAUUAAGUGAUUCAGUGACACAAUCUCAUGAAGAAUUGCGACAGAUUGAUAUGAAUGCUCAAAAACGACAAAAGGAACUUUAUUUUGAGACAAGCCAAGAACCACAACUGAUGCAUGUUUAUGAAACACGUCCCAUUACGGCAAUAUCUGAAGAUGGCAAACAACCGGAAUUUAUUUGCUCGCCAAAUUCGGUAACCUGGAAACGGUUAUAUAUUGUUGAUCAAUCAAAACCAGUUGCUAAAAAUGAAAUUAUUACCAGUGAACAACUUUUGGAAAAGGAACGAUUCGAUAUUGAUUUGUUAAAGCGCCGAGAAGUGUUUAUCGAAAAGCCAACACCUGAACCGGUAAUUUUCCGGACAGGAAAACGAUGGAAACCACCACCAGAACAAUCAUAUGUUUGGCCAUAUAUACGUAAAGCAUUAAAUGCUGAACCAAGCCUUGAAAGUAGCAGUAAUUAUUCUACAGAUAAUGCAGCAGGUCGAACAGUUGAAAAUACUGAAUUCCAAUGGCAACCGGUUAUCCAUGAUCCGGAAUAUAAACAAGAACAUAAGAAUUUCACGCCAGAAAAUUCAUUACUUGACACACAACGAGGGUUUGGUGCUGGUUCAUUAGAUGAACCUGCAAAACGUCAAAUCAAGUAUCUUGUUCAACCAUUACCGGAUGGUAGCCAUAGGCCAAAACCAGCAUUCGGUGGUCCACGUGUUACACCAUCUGGUGGCUUCUAUCCUCAUGCACCAAAUGCUAUUAAAAUAUUGAAAAAGAAACAUUUCCAAAGCAUACCGGAACCAACUGGUACAGAUCCGGAUAAAGAAGUGGAAAUCAUCCAUCAGAGAAGAUUUCAUCGAUUAGGAGAGUUGCCACCAACUAUCACAUCAUCACAUUGUUAUGAUAUAGCAGAUUGGGAGAAAAUUUAUGAUCUUCCAGCACAUUCAUCAACGAUAACAUCACAUGAUACGCCUCGCAACGUGAAUGUACAAGGAAAACUUGCAGCAUUUGAAAAUAGAUUAAGGCAAACUACACCUUUAGUUCAUUUACGUUUGAACUCAGGUGACACACGUCGUCCGCUACCUUCUACACGUACGUUACAAUCAUCAAACAAUGAGCAAAUAAACCGAAAUGGACAGUAUAUACGACAAGAACGUCUUCAACAACAACAACAACUUCUUUCACCAACUUCAGCACGUACUGAUACUACUGAUAGUAGUCAUCGAUCGUAUCAGCAACAGCGAAAUGAGCGACAUCUAAUUUCAUCCAAUGGUUCAUUAACUCAUCACAUGAUCGAUCAUCGUAAUAUGAAUCGAAGUAAUCGUACAUGUUCUACAAUCCAUCCAAAUAGCUAUCAUCAUGAGAUGAUAUCAUCCUCAAAAUUAUCACAUCCCAUUCGUAAUCAUCCAGAAUACAAUCGUCAUCAGCAUCGUAUUCCCAUUUUUCGUUCUGGUCGUAAAUCCGCUCCAUCUCAUCAUCAACAACUAAUACAACCAGGUGUACCAUUAGCAAUGUCACGUCGUUUGACACGUAUACCAAUGGGUUUUACUACAGAUGGAAGUAAUCCCAAAGUAAUCGAAGUGGAACGAUUACCAUCACGAACCACAACUAUCACUCAUUGGUAG